GAGGAAGCCCGGGCGCCAGAGAGCGGCGAGCGCAGCGAGCACCCGAGAGGAGCGCAAGCACCAGCAUGGCGGGGCUCCGACGCCCGCAGCCCGGCUGCUACUGCCGCACCGCCGCGGCCAUGAACCUUCUUCUAGGCGUCUUCCAGGUCCUUCUGCCCUGCUGUCGCCCGGGAGGGGCUCAGGGACAAGCGAUUGAACCCUUGCCGAACGUGGUGGAGCUGUGGCAGGCAGAAGAAGGGGAACUUCUGCUGCCCACUCAGGGUGAUUCCGAAGAGGAUGUGGAGGAGCAUUCUCAAGAACAGAGCUUCUCAGACAAGCUAUUUAGUGGAAAGGGCUUACAUUUUCAGCCAUCGGUUCUAGAUUUUGGAAUGCAGUUCCUUGGACAUCCUGCAGCAAAGAUUCUGUAUGCAUACAACCCUAGUAGGGAUAGUGAGGUUGUGGUGAAUUCAGUGUUUACAGCUGCUAGACAUUUUCAUGUGCCUCCUGUUCAUUGCAGGAUAAUUCCAGCAAUGGGAAAAACUUCCUUUAGAAUUAUUUUCUUGCCUACUGAAGAAGGAAGCAUUGAAAGUUCUUUAUUUAUUAAUACAUCCUCAUAUGGAGUCCUUUCCUAUCAUGUAUCUGGAAUUGGUACUCGCAAAAUCUCUACAGAAAGGUCUGCAAAACAGCUUCCAAAUACUUAUUUCCUGCUUCCACAGAUCCAUAGUAUUCAGCUUUCACAAACACAGGCAGGAACCACUAAUACUAGCCUCUUGCAGGUGCAACUGGAAUGUAGUUUACAUAAUAAAGUGUGCCACCAAUUAAAGAGUUGUUAUCUGGAAUCUGAUGAUGUUUUACGGCUACAAAUGAGCAUAAUUAUAACAAUGUUAAACUCCUCAAAAGAAUUUCAAGAGAACACACAAGAUUUGUUAGAUCAUCUCUCUGUUGUUUAUGUAGCUACAGAUAAAUCGGAGACUUCAGAUGAUUCUGCAGUAAAUAUGUAUAUAUUACAUUCAGGAAACAACCUUAUAUGGAUACAGGAUGUACAUCAUUUCUCACAGACAGAUGCUCUGUCUCUGCAGUUUGAACCAGUAUUCCUCCCUACUUCUACAACAAACUUUACAAAAAUUGCCUCUCUCACUUGCAAAGCUACGUCAUGUGGCAGUGGAAUUAUUUAUGCAGAAGAUGUGAAGAAAAUAAAAAACACUCCAACACUAAAAGCAUGCCUCUUCUCUCCUGUGGGUCAAGGGUAUUUUAGAAUGGACUCUUCCACAACCCAGUUUCACAUAGAGACCCACGAGAACACAUCGGGAGUUUGGUCAAUGUGGUAUCUCAAUCAUUUUGACCAUAGUAUUGUAUUAAAGGAUGUGUUUGUUUCCAAGGAGACCAAGCACAUUUUAAAGAUUCUGAAUUUCACUGGCCCUUUAUUUCUACCUCCAGGCUGUUGGAAUAUAUUUUCUUUGAAACUUGCUGUUAAAGACAUUGCCAUAAAUAUAUUCACCAAUGUAUUUUUGACUACAAACAUAGGUGCCAUUUUUACAAUACCUCUACAGAUUUACUCAGCACCAACCAAGGAAGGGAGUCUGGGUUUUGAAGUGAUAGCACAUUGUGGCAUGCAUUAUUUCAUGGGAAAAUCAAAAGCAGAAAUUCCUAAUUGGCAAGGGAGCCUUUCUCUGGAUCGGUCUACCUGGGAUGUAGAUUCCGAACUUGCAAAUAAAUUGUAUGAAAGAUGGAAGAAAUUAAAAAAUGGUGACGUCUGCAGGAGGAAUGUUUUAGGAAUGACUCGGUUUUCCCACUUGAAGAAAUCCAAGGAGUCAGAAUCUUUUGUUUCCUUUUUGCCUCGUUUAAUCGCAGAGCCUGGCCUUGUGUUAAACUUCAGUGCAACUGCCCUUAGGAAGAGCGUGGUGAAGUACUUUAUGGUGAAGAACCCUUCUUCUUUGCCAGUCUCCUUGCAGCUCCUGCCUGUCUCCUUAUAUCCUAAACCUGAAGCUGCAGUGCGCCUGCUCCACAAAUGGUUUGGUGCUGAUAUGCAGAUGAUUAAUUUUACCACUGGUGAAUUUCAGCUCACCAAAGCUUGCCCUUACCAGGGUAUGCAUUCUGAAGAAUCCAGGUUUGGCAUCCUCCACUUACAUUUGCAGCCUUUAGAAAUGAAAAGGGUUGGUGUAGUUUUCACACCAACUGACUUUGGAAAAGUAGCCUCACUUAUACUAAUCAGGAAUAACUUGACUGUUAUCGACAUGCUUGGUGUGGAAGGAUUUGGAGCAAGAGAGUUACUGAAAGUGGGUGGACGACUUCCUGGCACGGGAGGGUCGCUGCGAUUUAAGGUGCCCGAGUCCACUCUGAUGGACUGUCAUCGACAACUGAAAGACAGCAAGCAAAUUUUAUCUAUCACAAAGAACUUUAAAGUUGAGAAUAUCGGACCUCUUCCUAUAACUGUGUCAUCUCUGAAAAUUAAUGGGUAUAAUUGCCAAGGUUAUGGAUUUGAAGUGCUGGAUUGUCAUCAGUUUUCCCUGGAUCCAAACACAUCCCGUGAUAUCAGUAUUGUGUUUACUCCAGACUUCACCUCUUCCUGGGUCAUCCGUGAACUGACGUUUGUAACUGCAGCAGACCUAGAAUUUCACUUCACUCUCAAUGUGACCCUCCCUCAUCACCUGUUGCCCUUAUGUGCUGACGUGGUUCCAGGACCCAGCUGGGAGGAGUCAUUUUGGAGGCUCACUGUUUUCUUUGUCAGUUUGUCCCUGUUGGGUGUGAUAUUAAUAGCCUUCCAACAAGCCCAAUACAUUCUUAUGGAAUUCAUGAAAACCAGACAAAGGCAAAAUUCUAGCUCUUCUUCACAGCAAAACAACAGUCCAAUGGAUGUAAUCAGCUCCCAUUCUCACAAAAGCAAUUGCAAGAACUUUCUCGAAGCCUAUGGCUCCUCUGAUAAAGGCAGGGGGAAAAGCUGCCUUCCGAUAAACACUCCCCAAAGCAGGAUCCAGAAUGCUACAAAGAGGAGCCCAGCAACCUAUGGCCAUUCUCAGAAGAAGCAUAAGUGCUCAGUAUAUUACAGUAAACACAAAACCAGCACAUCUGUCACCAGCACUGCCAACACUACUACUGAGGAUAAACAGACUUCAACUCUGGGCUCCCCGUCUGCUCUUAAAGGGGAUGUUUGCACUGAAGUUGUGGGUGAGAACUGGAUAAACCUCAAAUAUGCAAGUGGCAUAAGUGUCAACCUGCAAAAGAAUUUAACCCUUCCCAAAAACUUAUUGAAUAAAGAAGAAAACACACUGAAAAACACAAUUGUUGUCAAUAAUACUUCUUUAGAAUGUAAUAUGAAAGAAGGAAUACAGACAUACAUGUUUCCUAAGGAAACGGAUAUUAAAACUUCAGAAAAUGUAGCUGAGCUCAAGGAGCGAGAGUUCAGUCCUCUGAAGACCUCUAAGAAACUACCUGAAAAUCAUUUGUCGAGAAAUUCACCUCAGUACCAGUCAGAUUUGCCAGAAAUUUCCAGGAAAAAUAAUGGGAAUAACCAGCAAGUGCCUGUCAAGAAUGAAGUAGACAAUAGUGAAACUUUGAAAAAGCAAGUUGACAUAAAAUCUUCCUCAGAGAAGAAGAUUCACAAAGCAUCUAAAGAAGACACAUGUUCUGAGAAACAGGACAUAUCUUCAGUUGAGCGAGAAGAUCCUUAUAGGAAGAAGAAGCUUCAGGAGAAAAAGGAAGGAAAUUUACAAAAUUUAAAUUGGAAUAAAAAUCGAACGUAUAGAAAAAACAAGAAAAGGAGUGUUACUCAAGUCUUGAGACAUUCUGAACAUAGUGAAUUAAAGCUUGUGUGCAAUGAAUUUGAAAGGGCUGAGCCAAGUGGUGACAUUGAUCUAAGAAACUGGUGUAUACGGGAAAAUACUGGGGAGAUUUGUAAAACAAAUGCUGAAAUUGGAAGCUUACCUGCUGCACAGGGAGAAACAGGUACUUACUACCAAAAGCCUGAGAAGAAGUGUGUGGAAAAGUUCUGCUCAGACUCUAGCUCCGACUGCGGAAGCUCCUUGGGAAGUGUGCGUGCCAGCCGGGGCAGCUGGGGUAGCUGGAGUAGCACCAGCAGCUCUGAUGGGGACAAGAAAGCUGUGGUGGACCCUCAGCAUUUCCUCCCAGCCGGAGACAAGGUUUCACAAAAUGACUUUCCUUCUGAAACUCCCAUCUCCUCGAAUCUUUCUCAUAACAUCUGCAAUCCCACAGAUGUGAAUAACCUCCCACAAGAUGCAGGAACCCCCUGUCGCAGUCUUCCUGAUGUACCUGCAGGUAUUGAUGAAGAUAAAGGUCUUUACCCACCUGGAGACCUGUGGCCCACCCAGCCAGUGUGUCUGACAAGCAGCCUAAACUGCAGUCUCGAGAACGGCGUGCCUUGUGUGAUGCAGGAGGCUCCCUUGGUUCACAAUAGUGGUUUCGUUGAUUGGGGCACAACUUGCGAAGGCCAGUUUCCCAGCGUGUACUGUCCAUUGGAAUUGAACGAUUACAAUGCCUUUCCCGAAGAAAACAUGAAUUACCCCAAUGGCUUCCCCUGUCCUGCCGACAUUCAGACAGACUUCAUUGAUCACAACCCCCAACCUACCUGGAAUGCCCCACACAACAUGCCUACUGCGUGGGAACAUGCCAAUUUCAUCAGCUCCUCGCCCUACCUCACAAGCACCCGAAGCUUGUCUCCAAUGUCUGGACUUUUUGGUUCCAUCUGGGCCCCACAAAGCGACGUGUAUGAAAAUUGCUGCCCCAUCAGUCCCGCCAUGGAGCAUUCGACUCACAUGGAAAACCAGGCAGUCAUGUGCAAGGAAUAUUACCCAGGGUUCAACCCGUUUCGUGCCUAUAUGAAUCUGGACAUAUGGACUACCACAGCAAAUAGGAAUGCAAAUUUCCCACUGUCUAGAGACUCGAGUUACUGUGGGAAUGUGUGAACGGAAUUUGAGUUUUAAACAAUGUGAAUAAAGAUGCUUGUGUUUUGAUUACUAGUGUAAACUGGCUGUUGAGAUAGGUUAUGACAUUGGUGGAUAUUUUGGCACUUUUAUAUGAAAAUAAAUUUUUUUAAUGAAA